AUUCCGUAACUACGGGGUGUAUGAAGGGACAAACUGGAGAAGAAAAGCGCGUUUGGAAAAACAAAAACGCAGGGUUCCGAAUCGAAGACGUCCAUUUUACAGACGCGUCAGGAGGAGAAUCAGUAACCGCGCAGUACAAAGCGGUCUGAGUGUGUGUUGGGGAUGAACUGUCGCUCGGAGGUGUUGGAGGUGUCUCUGGAGUCCCGGCAGGUGGAUGAGGCCAUGGCGGCGCUGUUACACACCAUCCUCCUGCACCGCAGCACGGGGAAGUUCCACUAUAAGAAGGAGGGCACGUACUGCAUGGGCACGGUGGGGACUCAGGACGUGGACUGCGACUUCAUCGACUUCACCUUCGUUCGGGUUUCAUCGGACGAGCUGGAGCGCAUGAUCAGGAAAACUGUGACGGAGUUUAAGGACGCCUUGGGGAACUCGGGCAGUGACGGAAUGGGACAGAUCUCUCUGGAGUUCUAUCAGAAGAAGAAGUCGCGCUGGCCGUUCUCGGACGAGUGCAUCCCCUGGGAGGUGUGGAACAUCAAGGUGAAUGUGGUGAACCUGGCCAACGAGCAGGAGCGUCAGAUCUGCCGCGAGAAAGUGGGAGAGAAACUCGGCGAGAAGGUCAUCAACAUCGUGGAGGUCAUCAACCGGCACGAGUAUCUGCCCAAGAUGCCCACGCAGUCCGAGGUGGACAACGUGUUCGACACCAGCCUGAAGGACGUCCAGCCGUAUCUCUACAAGAUCACGUACCAGAUUACGGAUUCUCUCGGGACCUCAGUGAGCACCACCAUGAGGAGGCUCAUUAAAGACACGCUGGCGUUAUAACAGGCUUAUAAACUUCUGUUAAUACGUCAUCAGCGCACACACACACACACACACACAUCCUCCCUAUUUAUCAGUCUGUAAUUAAUACUGGAAAUAAACUAGCAGUCAAAAGUUUGUACACCGGAUUAAUGAUGUAUUUUAUUGUUUUAAAGACAAUUAAAUGAAAGCUUUUGGUUUAAA